CGGGAGGAAACGACGGCGUAACGAGCAGUUGUCGUCUUCGAGCGCAAAGUCAGAGUCAGGCGUCGUCCUCGCAGCACGGCAAUCCGCAGCAGUCGUCUCAGCAGACGUCUCAACAAUCGUCUCAGCAAUCGUCUCAGCAAUCGUCUCAGCAACAACAACAAUCGUCGCAGCAAUCGCAACAGCAGCAGCAGCAGCAGCAACAACAACAACAACAACAACAAACGCCGUCGUCGCAGCAGGCGCAGCAACGUCAGGGAGCUAGGUUCAUAGGCCGCUCGAAAAAGGACAACUGUUGCCUCUGCUGGUGCUGUUGCUGUAGUUGCUCGAACAAAUGUUUGGCGACGGUCGGCGGAAAUACGGUCGGUGCUGGCGGAACUGGCGACCAGAGUAAGAAGAAGGGCAACGUUGGUAUCGGCGGCGAACACGUGGGUGGCCUCGGUGGCGAUCACGGUGGCGUCACUGCGGGCAACGGACUGGACGGGCUCGACGGUCUGGACGGUCUCGACGCUGCUACGGAGUGCUGUAAUUUCGAGGAAGUCAGAUCUUGGGGCUCGUCUUUCGACAAGCUGAUGAGAAACGCGGCCGGUCGCAAGCUUUUCCGAGAGUUCCUUCGAAGCGAGUACAGCGAGGAAAACAUAGCAUUUUGGCUCGCCUGCGAGCAACUCAAGCGCGAGAGCAAUCCAGAGAAGAUCGAGGAGAAGGCUCGAUUCAUCUACGAGGAUUACAUAUCCAUACUCUCGCCGAAAGAAGUGAGUCUGGACUCGCGAGUACGCGAGAUCGUUAAUCGCAACAUGGUGGAACCAACGCCGCAUACCUUCGACGAAGCACAGUUGCAAAUCUACACGCUGAUGCACCGGGACUCCUAUCCUCGUUUCGUCAACAGCGAGAUUUAUCGACGAGUGGCGAAGCUGAACAGCGGGCCACCGAGUCCUACGAGCGGUUCCGAACAGGAGCACACCGGUGGAAAGUCGAAAGGCAAGAAAGGAACGACGUAAUCGCGAUCACGGCCGAUCAGCCGAUUGGACGUCGUACCCUUACCCAAAAGCGGAGAUACCAGCGAGAUCGUAGACUCCUCCUCUUCCUUCGGCUUCUUUCAAGGAGUUAGACGGAGAUGGAAGAAAUCCGAUCGAAAAUAAAGGGAGAAAGAGAGAUAGAGAGAGAGAGAGAGAGAGAGAGAGAGAGAAAGUGAAAGAGAAGGAGAGACCGUUUCUCGAAGUCGCUUCUUCGGAAGCCAUACGUUAAAAAAGAAAGAAGAAAUGAAAGCACGAGCGCGAAUUAGUAGCGAAUAAACGAACGAAGAGCCGUGCGAUCGUUCGGGGAUGACGACGUUGAUCUUUUCCGUCUUUUCUCUUUCGCUUCUCGAGGAUGCGCGAGAAUACGAAGACUCGCUGUCUUUCUCUCUCCUUGCGCCUCCUCCUCUUUCGCGGACGAUAGGCGCGCGUGGUCACUGCCUUGGAAACAUUGCGCAAUUACGAUAUACGUAUAUCUAUAUGUGUAUGUAUAUAUAUAUAUAUGUAUAUAUAUAUAUGUGUGUGUAUAGAUAUAUGUGUCGUCGAUGCCGAAGCGACGAAGUAUCGCUCGUCGUGAUACGUUUGGUAUUUACCAAGUUUCGUCGAAAGAAACGCUACAAAUUCUCGACUUGUCCGAGGGGAUGGCACCGUCGAGCGACGUCAUCCUUUCGACAGUAUUCUCCGAUUCGAGUAUUAGUGGAGUACGGAAUGAAAUUGACGGAAUCGAGAAUGGAAAAGCCGAAAAAAGAUACGAGAGAAACGAGAGACGGAAAAGAGAGAAGAGAGGAGAAAGUAAAAAGGAGAAACGAAGAAAAGUAGGCACGAAAUGAGGAUAUAAAAGAACAAAUGAUUUCUUUUCGCGCUAUCGACGCAGCCGAAUUUAUUCCAGUCUACUUUGCGAAAAGGAGAAGGAUCCAUCUUCGCGAUGGAUACUACUAGGCUAUUGCCCACGAGAUACGGAUCGAAGCGGAAACUUGUCAUUCAUUACCAAAACAAAUUCUAGUCAUUUUCGUUUAAGAAUCGUCAUGAGCGUAGAGACACACAAAACGUACAAGAGUUCGUACGAGAUUUUGGGAUUAAAAGGAGAAGAAAAAAAAGAGGAAGAAGAAAGGCCUAAAACGCGACAAAAUUCUCUGAAUGCGCGCGAAUCGAUGCUUCAGACCCGAUCGAUCGCGACGCGCGCUCUUGUUCGCGGUGCGACGAAAAGAACGAGGAUGCGAAGGGCCGAAUAAGCUUAUAAGAAUACGCACGGUUCAAUCGAAGACUCUAUGCAAAUUAAGUACCAAUAGUAUACGUACAUCUGCGUGCGUGCGUGCGUGCGUGCGUGCAAUCGUGCGCGUGUAUACAUAUAUAUAUAUAUAUAUAUAUAUAUAUAUAUAUAUAUAUAUAUAUAUAUAUCUGUACAGUGUCUCGUUUGAAUUUAUUCGCGCGAACAUCGUUGAAAUUAUUACCAAAAGAUUCGAUAUACGUGGCGAUCGAGUAAAAUGGGGCAUAUUGUACACGUAUACGUAUGUGUGGGCAUAUAUAUAUAUAUAUAUAUAUAUAUAUAUAUAUAGCGUGGUUACGCAUACAGCCAUGUUUCAUCGUUCGCAAAACAAUCUCUUCGUAGAGACGAUUUCUUUAAAUAGGCUGUUCACGGACCAGCACGCGAACCGCAACUUUUUAAUUAGCUUCCUUUCGCAAGAAAAAACGUCCAUUUUCUAAGCAAAGGGAGAAUCGACGAGUCUACUCUGCGAGCUUUUUCUAACGAUGAUUUUUCUAUCAAGCUUACCGAGAGAAGCUCCGUACGAUUCGUCUACGUUACGACGCUCCGUAUCAUUCCGUUUCUGUGAUGAGAACAAUGUGAACGGCUAGAUUUAAUGGCAUCGUUUCUAAUGGAAAAAGAAAAAAGACAGACGCUCUCUAGUCGUAACGCGCGCUUCCGCGCGUAUAGAUAUAUAGACGCAUACACACGUACCUACAUACUUACUACACUUCAUACCUACCCACUUAGCCUACCUACGUAAAUGCGUAAAUACAUAGGAAGGAAGGAAGGAAACGUCGUCCGUCGUACGAAAUCGAUGAGAAAUAAGAGAGAGAGAGAGAGAGAGA